AUGACUGUCUUUUCACUGAGUACCUUGAGAAACCUGGGUGGCAUCUUUGGGAUCCUCCAACUGAGCUUCCUGCUUGUCCUGCUGCUGCUGCUGUUCAAGGCAGUCCAUUUCUAUCUGAGCAGAAAGUGGUUGCUCAAGACCUUCCAGCAGUUCCCAUCGGCACCUUCCCACUGGCUUUUUGGGCACAACCUGAAGGUAAGAAGAAUUGGAAAUGAAAAUAGAAUGGAUGAGGAGCUGCAGCACUUGCUUACAUGGGUAAAGAAAUACCCAGCAGCCUGUUCACAGUGGUUAUGGGGGAACAAAGCACGCAUCCUCAUCUAUGAUCCUGACUACAUAAAGGUGAUUCUGGGGAGAUCAGAUCCUAAGGCUCCUGGUAUUUACAAUCUCUUAGUUCCCUGGAUUGGCUAUGGUUUGCUCCUGUUGAAUGGGCAGAAGUGGUUCCAGCACCGGCGGAUGUUGACUCCAGCCUUCCACUAUGACAUCCUCAAACCCUAUGUGGGAAUCAUGGCCAACUCUGUCAAUGUAAUGCUAAACAAAUUGGAGCAGUUUGUUGACCAGGAUUCCUCUGUGGAGAUCCUCCAAUAUGUCUCCUUGAUGACUCUGGAAACAAUUAUGAAGUGUGCCUUCAGCCACCAUGGGAAUGUCCAGUUGGAUGGAAAUUCCAGCUCCUACAUCAAGGCCAUUGAGGAUCUGAACAGCCUGGCUUUCUUCCGCAUAAGGAAUGCCUUUUACCAUAACGACACCAUCUACAGUCUGUCUUCUGAUGGCCGCUUGUCACACCGCGCCUGCAAACUUGCCCAUGAGCACACAGAUGAAGUGAUCAAGUUGAGGAAGGCUCAGUUGCAGGAUGAAGGGGUGCUGGAAAAGGUCAAGAAGAAGAGGCGCCUGGAUUUCCUGGACAUCCUCUUGUUUGCCAAAAUGGAGAAUGGGAGCAGCUUAUCUGACAAGGACCUGCGUGCUGAGGUGGACACCUUCAUGUUUGAGGGUCAUGACACCACAGCCAGUGGGGUCUCCUGGACCCUCCAUGCUCUGGCCACUCACCCUGAGCACCAGCAGAGAUGCAGGGAGGAAGUCCAGGGCCUCCUUGGAGAUGGAACCCCCAUCAGCUGGGACCUCCUGGACCAGAUGCCAUAUACUACCAUGUGCAUUAAGGAGGCCCUGAGGCUCUACCCCCCAGUACCAGUUGUGAGUAGAAUGCUCAACACACCUGUCACGUUCCCUGAUGGACGCUCCCUACCUAAAGGUGUCACAGUCGCGCUCUCCUUUUAUGCUCUUCACCACAACCCAGAUGUGUGGCCAAAUCCACAGGUGUUUGACCCUUCUCGAUUUGCACCAGAUGUUUCCCGACACAGCCAUGCUUUCCUCCCUUUCUCAGGAGGAUCAAGGAACUGCAUCGGGAAGCAAUUUGCCAUGAAUGAGAUGAAGGUGACUGUGGCCCUGACCUUGCUCCGCUUUGAGCUGCUGCCAGAUCCCACCAGGAUCCCAGUUCCCAUGUCACGACUUGUAUUGAGGUCCAAGAAUGGAAUCCACCUUCGUCUCAAGAAGCUCCAGUAA